AUGCAGAUAUUUUUUGAAUCUGAAUUUUUCGGACUGAUAAAUUCCACUUAUCAACUAACACCACUCGACAAGAUGCUCCGAGCCAGUAAAGCGGUUCGAGUGAGCAGAUCGGGACUGUCGGAGUCCUUGCGGAUGCUGCCACCCCAAGUCCGCUCGGUUUCAACCCAGCUAGUUCGCAACAGUGGUGCUAAAAGAAAGACCGCCACCAACACUGUGGCCAAGCAGAGACCCGCCAAGUGGGGCUCCAGAAAGCCCACGCCCGCUCAGAUUGAGGAGAGCAAGCAGCAGUGGCUGGCGGCCCGAGAAAAGGCAAAAUUUGGCAAACUUGCAGCUAAAUUGGCCGAGAUGAAAAGCGCCCGACAACAGAAACAGCCCGACGACGGUCGACAGAAGGUCGAUCCCGUGACCCCCGAACAACGACAGCUACUGGAUCUGAUCCAGGGACCCCUGGUUACCGUGCAGGGAGACGCUAAGGCCCACAGAAACUUUCUCACCAGCACUCUGAGACGGAUCACACCGUACGUCGAUGAGGGAGGCUCCAGUUUGAUUGAAAAGGGAAGGUUCGACUUCAUCACUGGCCGUCACGUGGUCAAGUCGCAGCUAGAGGAUCUUUGUAACCUCGAUGACGCCCAAAAAAGCUUGGAUCCCGCUUCACACAGGAUCCCCCUGGUAUUCGACGACCGCGGAAACGCUCUGAGACUUUCAGUGACGGGGUUUUUCAAGCUCCGAAAUGAGACUCGUAAAGGCAGGUACACUCUGCCGCUCCUGCAGCAGAUCAACAUGCCUGUGCGGUUCGAGAGCCACCGAGACUUGUUGUUGAAGGUUUUGGAAGAGGAGGUGCAGUUUCAGAUUGAGCAGGAGAAAAUCUAUCAAGCCCGUCUGGAGAGCUUGAAGUCCUUGUCUGAGGGUAAAGAGAAGCUCUCUGAGGAAGAUGUGGCUCGCUACAAGGAGAUUCAGCAGACUCACGUUUCUGCUCAGAGUGAAAUCCUGCGAGUUCUUGCCAAGAUGGGCCAUAUCGUGGCAUGUGACAACUUUGAUGCGUUGUUGAAGCCUGCCAUUUUGCAGCAUAUCAUCACUGACGGUUCCGAGACGGUUCAUUUAUUAAAUUUGAAGGAUCCCUUGAGUCGGUCGAUCAAAAUCAACUAUAACAAGUUUCUGUCUCGAGAAGGAGGCCAACUGGAUCUCCCACAGGCUGCUGUGACCGAUGGAACGCGUGUCUACGCCAAGUACGCCAAGGGAGUGGUUGUUUUCCCCUUCUACAAGUUGUCUGGUGUGCAGCUGAUUGAGAUUUUGAAAAAGGUCGUGUUUGCAGAAUUCGAGCGCAUCCGAACCCAGUACGGCAUUGAGGAGGACGAGCUGAUGGCCCAGCUGCAGAUUAUGGCCGACAGAGGCGACAACUAUCUCAAGUUUUACCCCGAGAAACCCAUCUCCGCGGUCGAUGAAGUCACGGGACUUGUGCUCGACGAAACGGCUGGUGCUGCUGCUGAGGAUGACGAGCUGAAGAUCUCGUUUUUCAAAAUCCAUGAGACCGAGAAGGAGAAGUACUUCUCCACGAAAGCCGCGGUGCGAACCGACAUGGGGCUUCCUGAGGAGCAGGAGAGCGAGUUUGAGUCGGUUUCUACCGCAGUCCAGAAUUCGACCUACGAGGAUGUUGUUUCUGAGCUUGAGAGACUUCGUCCGGAGUCCAUUGUGGUUGCCAGAAAGACCUGGGAUGGAAUUUCACAGACUAUUGAAAAGAAUAUCCUGGUUGACGACCUCAGACAGUACAUCCGAGACUGGAGUAAGGAGAACAAGAUUCCGUUUCCCACCACUCGUCUUCUAAAGGCGGAUUUGAUCCAUCUACUCCGAGACCGCGUCUGGAAGAUCACGCUCACCGAUUCUGUGCCCAACAAUGUAGUUUCCCAAACCUUCAAGCUCUCCGAACUCCAGAAAAUCUUCCUCUUCAAGUACCACUACCAGCUGGUGCAGUUGUGGGUGACCCGGGGCGCGGAAGUGUCUUUUGCUGACGAAAAAAAUGACGAAAUUGUUGUUUCUGCGCCGGAGAAGAUCCUCAGAAUGGUCAGCGUGACUCUGUCGCAGUUUGGCUCUCGUAUCACCUGUGCCAAGCUCGACAUGACGAAAUCACAGCUCUCCAACAUGACUCCCGAGCUGUGGAAGAGUCUGCAGGAGUCCACUGAGACUCACAUUGUCCAUACUGACUCUGACGUUCUCGUCUACUAUCUGGGAAACGCUCAGAAGAAAACCAAGCUGCUCAGUCGGUACAUUCGGGCCAUGAGCCCUCAGGGACACUUCUCGCAGAGCAUCAUUUACCAAACCAACCCCGAGAGUGUGGAAAAGUCUGCCUUUUUCCCUAGAGCCGUGUCGCAUGAACAGCCCUGGUACCAGAGAGUGAUCAAGAAGUGGGCCCGAUGGCGAGAGAUUCACGGAUCAGACUAUCUCAGCAACACCCAGGAGCCCAAGCUGUCGCUGGUGUCUUCUUCGGGAGUGUCGGACCUACCUUCAGACCAGUCUCUUCAGAACAUCAUCUCGGACACCCUCAUCACCCAGCUGGAAGCUCUACCUAGCUCGAUAGUGACCCAGGACGCGUCUCAGGUGGUAGACUCGGCCGACCAGCGACAGCUGAGCGACAGACUGGCCCAUAAAGCUAUUCUGGCGGGCGUGGUGGAACCCUAUGAUCCGGCAGCCAACAAUGUCGCUCCCACCGUCUACGAAAAGGUGUCGAUUUCCGCCACCCUGGGCCAACUGGUGCACGCCAACAAGAGCACCCGUGACUCGCGGGGCUCCCUGGACGUGUCUACCAUCGAUCCUGUUCGAGACGUUCACUUUUCGGGCUCCGUUCCGUUUGUCAACGAAAAACUCCGAACCAUGUUUCCCAAGUCGAGACCAGGAGCCCAGGACAGAUACAAGAUGGUUCUGCACUGCGAGCCCAUGUCGUCAACAGACGCUCCCCCGAUCCAAAUUGAGGCCGUCAACAUGACCAGGAACGAGCAAAUGUUCAAGUACCCGCCCCCGUCCAUCUACGCUGUGACUCGACAGACAAACCUGCUGGUGUCGCUGCCUUCAAUCAACUCGGACAUGAUGUACAGCGCACGGUCGAGACAGAAGUUGCUUCCGUCGGCCAAUCUUUUGCAUGCAUGGGAAGUCUUCUUCUCCAAGGCCAGCAGACAAGUUCAGUACCCUCCCGAGUUUGAAAUCAACGUGAACGGAGAGAACACCGCCUACCGGUGUGUUAGCGUGGUCUACGCCCGUCACGAUGAGUACCCAGUGCUCUCGUUCGACAACACAAACGAAGCCACAGCAGGUGUGGUCAUGCAUAGAAACAUAGCUGGAGGAGACAUGUGUGGGGUGCGAAACGAGGUGUCUGUGGAAACCAUCUGGAGAGACUACAAGGUGGCGACUGAGGACGAGUCGCAGCUGAAGUCUGAUUCGCUGUUGGACGACUUUGUGGGUAAUUCCCUCAAGUUCAUGGACUCUUUGGACGCUGAGUCGGUGCCUCUUUAA